UUUACAGCUCCUUUUCCACGCCGCUCCAUAGCCCCUAGCCUUUUGGCGCGUCAAUUCCACCACCACCCAUCCAACAUCCACAUUCUUGGUCCACUUAUAGCCAGCGCGUCGUCAACAGUUCAAUCCGAUAUGAUAUAGUGACCAAGAUGAUGGCCUCUCAUCUUCGAGAGGUUUCCCUAUGAAGUGGAACGAUGUGCCUGGCUCAAAAAAAUCGAGUCGAAGUCGAACACCAAAUUCGACAGAGUACGAGGUAAAACUUUGUUCGCUGUUCCGGAACAUGAGAUCUCCUGACAGUGUGAUGUACGGACCACACCAAGCGGUCUGUUGCUGCGCACGGCGGGUUUAAUUCUCGGUUCGGAAAUCAGCAGGCAUGUGUAAUGAGUGUGAUAGUCUUUUGGUCUUCAGGACGAUGAUGUUGAUGAUAUCAUGGUGACCUUGUAUGGGUUUUCUUCUUCUUUUUUUUCUUCUUUCUAAUUCCCAUAAAAUGUGACCAGCAGAGCAACUUAGUAAGCGUUGGACACGAUGUUGGAAUGAAUAACCUAGCCCAAUUGUCAGUGUUGUGAAUCACUCAGUGAAGAGAAACACCAUAAUGCACCCCCUCCUGCGUACUUCACUCUUGUCCGCGUCUAAGCCUCCCUAAGCCAUGCUUUGAUAACCAAUCCAAGACGCCUAGUAGCGCAGCUAAUCCUGCUGGCUAACUCUCCACGCAUGACGUAAGUCGAGAACGCCUCGCCUCCGCAGAUUCUUGCGACCCCGGCCGCUUUGAUGCGGAGCCGAGGUACGCCUCAAACACCUCCGCUCCGCGUUCCUCAUUGCAGAGUUUCCCUCGUUUUAAGAUAACAUCCCCUCGCAUCCCGGAACCCCGCGUCUCAACCUUCUCCCUUGGUCCCUCAUAUUUGGAUCAAAUUAAAUAGGGCCAGCUAGGCUCAGUUCAUCUUUCCAGCCAUCUUCACGUAUCCGAGGGCUCAUUCGCGACGCACACUCACUAGCUCAGAAUGGCGGCGUUGGUGUCCGUCUUGGUAGCUGGACUGGCCAUCUUUGGGGGCUACACUUACGCCCCGGCCGCCCAACGUGCCGUGAAGCUCGUUGGUAUCGGACGAGUCAGCGUCAACACCUCCGUGUUGAACGGCGGCGACUUCGUCUUCAUCGACGACACUGUGUAUUGCGAGGAUCUGCAUCACCACACCCCGAGCGGGCUCCUCUUUACCGCCUGCGAUGACAACAAAGAGACGCGGGCCGCGUGGUUCCCCGGCCUGGCUAACCUCGACGACCCCGUCAAGAGCAGCAAGCAAAAGGGCUCCUUUCACGUCAUUGACCCCAAGGAUCUGACCCAAAAACGACUCAGGUUCGAGAACUUUGACAGCACCUUCGUCACCCACGGCAUCGAUGUCAUCUCGGACCCCCAGAGGCCAGAGGCGGUCUACAUCUUUGCCGUCAACCACGUCCCUCACCCGGACUACCUGGCCACCAAGAUCGGAGGCCAGAGCGAGCAGAAAGUCGUCCAGAAGUCCCAGUCGCGCGUCGAGAUCUUCCACCACGUCCUGGGGGCGUCCACCGUCAGGCAUCUGCGCACCGUCAUCCACCCGCUGAUCAAGAAUCCCAACGAUCUCUUCGCGGUGGACCCGUACUCGUUCUACGUCACGAACGACCACUACCACUCGGAAGGUAUCGGAAGAAUGAUUGAGGACCUGUUGCCUGUCACCUCUUGGACCACCACCGUCCACGUCCGCGUCGACGAGAUGUCCGCCCUUCUGCCUACUGAUGGCCUCAAGGUAGAGGUGGCCCUGUCUGGACUCCGCAACAACAACGGCCUGGGCCACGGUCGAAGGCCCGGGGAGAUCAUUGUCAACAACUGCGCCCGCGGAGAGAUCCACCUUGCCCAGCUCUCCCCUGAUCCCAAGAACACCAGCAUCGACCUCACGGAGACCAUCCAGGUGGACACGUACAUCGACAACCCGGCCUGGUUCGAGGACCCCUACAAGUCCGAGGUCCUCGACGCCAGCGGCUUCGUCCUCGCGGGCGUCUCGCGGCCCAUCGACAUCCUGGCGCAGGCCGGCGUGGGGGAGCCCAAGAUCGGUUCGAUCGUGUGGUACGUCAAGCCGGCCGCGGGCGGCGGCGGCGGUUACGAGAAGCGCAUCAUGUUCGAGGACGACGGCACGAGGAUCAGCUCGGCCGCGACUGCCGUCCUCGUUGCCAUCGACCCGAGCCAGGAGCAGGGCCAGAGGAAAGCCUGGCUCUUCAUCACGGGUUUCAUGUCGACCAGCGUUGUCGCCGUGAAGGUCGACCUAUAGGACGUGAUGGAUAGGUUGUGAAAGCUGGCGUGGUUGAGGGACUCCGAGUUGACUGCAUUCCUUUUGCGGCCAAAAGCGUCCAAGAGGUCAACAUCUUGAGUUACAGCUGGAGUACUUGAUCAUCUCGUUGCUCCGAAUGAAGUGAGUCAUUUGUGUGUGAAGCUGGUCUUAUUCUCAUUACAUGUCUUCACCUAUUAUUAUGUACCAAUCAAACACAUUUCCUCACACAGGUAUCUUGUCAUGUAGGCCUUUGCUCUUCACGUC